AUGGUUCCUGCUGCAGGUCCCAGUUUUGUUAAGCAGUUUCGGUUUGAAAAUGUGUGGUUGAGGGAACCUCUUUGUUAUCGGAUUAUAAAGGAUAGCUGGGAGAUUCGUGAGUCUAAUGAUAUUAUGCAUAAAAUUAAGUUUUGUGGGGACAAGCUGGCGGAUUGGGGUAAGGAGAAGUGGAAAUUGGGUCGGGAAGAGGUCUCUGUAGCCAAUUACAAACAAGCAAAGAAGAACUUGGCCGAAUGUUAUGUGCAACGGGAAGGUUUCUGGCGUCAAAGAUCGAAGCAACUGUGGUUACAAGAGGGAGAUAAUAAUAGCAAGUAUUUUCAUGCUUCUGCAACUACGAGACGAAGGAAUAAUUUUGUUGCAAAACUUAAAGAUCAUUCGGGUGCAUGGGUUGACUGGGAGAGUGGUUUGGAUGAUCUUAUGAAUGUUGAGCUGCUAUUACCGAUUUCAGAUGAAGAAGUUCGAAAAGCUUUGUUCCAAAUGCAUCCGGAUAAAUCCUUAGGGCCUGAUGGAAUGACCACGGAUUUUUUUCAGAAGUGCUGGUCGAUUGCUAAGGAUGAUGUCAUCAAUUUGGUUAAGCAGUUUUUUCAUAAUGGUUCUCUUCCUACAGACCUUAAUAAAACCAUUUUGGUCUUAAUCCGUAAAAAAAUAGCCUAUGGAUAUGGGGGAUUUACGACCAUUGCGUUAUGCAAUGUGGUGUACAAGAUUGUGUCCAAAGUGGUUGCUAAUAGACUUAAGAGUGUUAUGCCGUCUAUCAUAUCUGAUACUCAAAGUGUGUUUUUACAAGGCCGGUUGAUCUCGGAUAACAUCAUGAUUGCUUAUGAGAUUAUGCAUCACUUAAAGAGAAAACGAAGAGGGAGGGACGGUUAUAUGGCACUCAAACUAGAUGUUAGCAAAGCCUAUGACAAGCUUGAGUGGGGUUAUCUCCGGGCUAUGAUGGAGUUGGGGCCCAUUGUUGGUCAAAGAGUGUUGCGCCAAGGGGAUCCUUUAUCACCAUAUUUGUUUAUUCUUUGUGUUGAAGGUUUUUCUAGUUUGUUGCAGAGUUAUGAACAAAGUGGCUUACUCACGGGGUGUAAAAUUGCUCGAGGUGCGCCAGUAAUCUCUCAUAUGCUCUUUGCUGAUGACAGCUACAUUUACUGUAAGGCAACUGAGGAAGAAGCGUACAAUGUGAAGGAGUUGUUGCAUACUUACGAGGUUGCUUCGGGGCAAAGAAUCAAUUUCUCUAAGUCUUUUGUCUUUUUUAGCAAUAAAAAUGGUAUUGAGGUGCGGGAUUCCAUUUGUGCUAUGUUCGAAAUUUACGAGGCCGAUGAAAAUGGCUAUUACCUGGGUCUUCCGUGUUCGGUUGGAAGAAAUAAGAAUGCUAUCCUUGGUUUUCUUAAGGAUAAGCUUCGAAAGAGAAUUCAAGGGUGGGAAGGGCAUAUCUUAUCUCGUACGGGAAAGGAGGUAUUAUUGAAAUCUAUUGCUCAAGUCUUGCCGAGUUAUGCUAUGAAUGUUUUCCUCUUGCCGUCAGACACUUGCAAGGAGUUAGAGCGGCUUAUGGCCAAGUUCUGGUGGCACUCAGAUUCAAGUAGUGGUAAGGGUAUUAAUUGGAUGAGCUGGGAGCGGUUGUGUCGUCAUAAACAUGCAAGGGGAUUGGGAUUUCGAAGCUUGAGAGAUUUUAAUUUGGCUCUUUUGGGGAAUCAAUAUUGCUGUUUGUUGGUUAAUGCUGAUUCUUUGGUUAGUAGGCUUUAUAAGGCUAAAUAUUAUGCUACUGGUAAUCUGUUUACUGGUGGAUUGGGAGACAGUCCUAGUUUCAUUUGGCGUAGUAUUCUUGAAGCAAAAGAUCUUAUCCACGCUUGUGCUCAAAGAACAAUUGCUAAUGGGGAAAAUUCGGUCAGCUACCUCUUUCAAGUUGGUACUCGUGCGUGGGAUGAGGAUGUUGUGAGGGACAUAUUUGUUGGCCAAUCUAAGGGUGCUUGGUGCCGGGAGGCCAAUACUGAUUUUUGGAAGCGGCUUUGGUCCUUAAAAAUUCCUUCUAAGAUCAGUAAUUUUUUAUGGCGAGCUGCUUCGGGUGUGCUUCCAACGUGUUUUCAACUCCAAAAGCGUUAUGUUCCUGUCAAUGCUGACAACCCUUUGUGCAACUCUAGUACUGAAACUAUUCCACAUGAGUUGGUGGAAUGCUCGGUUGCAAAGGCUGCUUGGCAUCGUAGCAUAGUGGACGUCGGGGCUGGGGCUGUAACGUUCAGCAGCUGGUUGUUGGGAAUUUUCACCAGGGGGCACGAAGUUGAAAUGGAGGAAGCAGCGAUGGUGAGUUGGGCUAUUUGGCGUGUGCGGAAUGACUUUGUUUGGCAAAAGAAGAGUUGGCUUGCUUCAAAUAUUGUAACAUCAGCUAGAAUCUUGCUUGAUUAA